AGACAAAGUCGUCAUGACAUCGCCCAGUGUGAUCGGGGAUUUCUAUUGGAGGGGCAGUUUUAGCCUAUCUUCAUACUGUACUGUCUUUGAUGUAGUGGUAUCCUGUGGUUCGCUGUCCUAAACCAGAAAAAAACAGUCGCGUAAGUCAUUGUGAGAUGGCUCAACAAUUGUUAUUAAAAGUAAUUUGCAAUCAUCAGGGAACAUUGAACUAUGCAGAUCUGUCAGAUAUUGGGUGUGGGGCAGAUAUGAUCUGCGCUCUUGAUAAACUUGUUGAAAACGAUUUAUGUUCUAUAGCAGUGUGUAAUGGAAAUGAACGCAUUUUUGCGAAAACGAAAGUUAGACGCUGCAAGGCUCAGCAAUGUGAUGGCUGCAAUGAUUUACAUCUAUGUAAAUUGUAUCUAUUUGGGGACUGCAAGAAUAGUAUCGGAAGACGGACAUGCCGCUUUGGCCAUGGCCUUCACUCCGAACACAACUCCAUAGUUUUGAGAGAGCAUAAACUUGAGACGCUGAGUAGACAGGAACUCCGGCAGCUAUUAUUACAGAAUGACAACUCCCUCCUUCCACCGGUGUGCAACUCUUAUAACAAAGGCACUAUGCCAUAUGGCAACUGCCCGGAUCAGGAGGGGUGCAGGAGACUUCACGUGUGUGACAGGUACAUCAGAGGAACCUGUUCCUCGGGAGCCGACUGCAACAGGUGUCAUGACUUCUUUGAGCCCCACCCACUGAGGACCCUGCAGCAGAGGGGAGUGCCAAACGAUCUAAUGGUGUCCAUGUUGUCCACCUACCGAAACAUUCAGGCCAUGAAAAGUGAAGGUGCCGGCAGUGCUGCUUCUAUCAACAGGCCCCAGAGCUGUCCUCAGAGAAACACAGUGAGGAAUGAGAUCUGCAUGUUCUUUGUCAAGGAGGACUGCAAACAAGGAGAGAAAUGCUCGAGAGUCCACUUCAAAAUGCCCUACAAGUGGGAAGUGAACGGUGGACAGACUUGGUCAGCUCUGCCAGAAAACGAAGCAAUCGAGAGAGACUUCUGUGACCCUUCUAAGAUACACAGUGAGGGAGCUGAGCGUGUGCGUUUCGACUCCAUGAGCCGCGGGUUAUGGGAUGUUCGUCGUCUCUCCACAGUUUCCUCUGUGACCAAGCCCACAUACGUACUCACCACAGAGUGGGUGUGGUUCUGGGAGGACGAGUACGGCAAAUGGAUCCAGUACGCAUCCAUCAAAGAGAUGCACAGAUUAUCGUCCAUCACCAGUGAAGACCUUGAGAAAAGGUUCCAGGAGGAUCAAAGUGCUGUGGUGAAGUUCACUGCAGGCCAGCAGUCUUAUGAGCUGAGUUUCAGAGACAUGACUCAAUUUAACGAAAGAUUUGGUACUAUAAGGAUGGUCAGACGACGUCCAGUAUUUGUUUCAACUGUGGACGCACAAGCUGCAAGAAGCAGGAGAAAUGGAGCACGCAACCCCUCUCAGAAUUUCAGAGCUGUUCCUGGAUCUUGGGACAAGUCUGCGAUACCUGACAUUGGAUACAAGACAGUCACUCUUCUGAGUUUUGACAGGGACUAUCAGAAGGUACAGAGACUUUUCAACAACACCAUGAGGGGCUUCCAAAUCACCAGCAUCGAGAGGGUCCAAAACAGGGACCUCUGGGAAGUCUUCCAGUGGAAAAGAGAUUUGAUGAAGAAAAACAACGGGGGUAAAAACAGCAAGGAGCUACAUCUCUUCCACGGAACGGACCCAAAACACGUAGACGCCAUUUGCAGAGAUAACUUCGACUGGAGGCUGUGUGGAACCAAUGGAACUGUGUAUGGUGAAGGGAGUUACUUUGCCAGGGAUGCCAAGUACUCACACAGCUUCACCAGCCACUCAGGAGUGAGGUCCAUGUUUGCUUGUCAGGUGCUUGUUGGUGACUACACACGGGGUAAUUCGGCGCUCCGUCGUCCCCCUCCAAAAGUUGAGGGAAGCCCCACUCUCUAUGACAGCUGUGUGGACAAUGUCCUGAACCCAUCCAUAUAUGUGGUUUUUGAAAAGCACCAGGUGUACCCCGAGUUCCUCAUCAAAUAUGAUGAUGGCGUCAUGCACUGGACCUCUUCAGCUCCAGCUCCACUCAAGACUGUCUCUAUCCAAUCCACUUCCUUAACCCCAAAAUCCAACCGGAUUCAAGCCACAGCUGCUGCUACCACAUCGAAGAGAGUUCCAUCCACUUUGAGUCCAUCUAAAACUGCAGCCACAACUUCCUCUAAUCCAACCUGUUCUCUUCCCGCCUCGCGGUUUCUCCCAAAACCUGACCAAACCCCAUUAACAUCUCCAGUCCUCUUAAAGCCAGCCCUAAGUUCUCAAUUGGUGGAUACCACCCUAGGCCCAGAUUUCACUCCCUCAGUUGCAAACCUCACUCACACACUCACUACCCCAGCCAGUACCCCCUUUCGUACGCUCACUACCCCAGCCAGUAUCCCCUCUCACACACUCACUACCCCAGCCAGUACCCCCUCUUAUACGCUCACUACCCCAGCCAGCACCCCCUCUUAUAAACUCCCUUCCCCAGCCAGUAUCCCCUCUCCUACACUCACUACCCCAGCCAAUACCCCCUCUCGUACGCUCACUAACCCAGCCAAUACCCCCUCUCGUACGCUCACUACCCCAGCCAGUACACCCUCUCGUACGCUCACUACCCCAGCCAGUUCCCCCUCUCACACUCUCACUACCCCAGCCAGUACACCCUCUCGUACACUCACUACCCCAGCCAGUUCCCCCUCUCACACUCUCACUACCCCAGCCAGUACACCCUCUCCUACACUCACUACCCCAGCCAGUACCCCCUCUUAUACGCUCACUACCCCAGCCAGUACCCCCUCUUAUACGCUCACUACCCCAGCCAGUACCCGCUCUUAUACGCUCACUACCCCAGCCAGCACCCCCUCUUAUAAACUCCCUUCCCCAGCCAGUAUCCCCUCUCCUACACUCACUACCCCAGCCAGCACCCCCUCUUAUACAUUCACUACCCCAGCCAGCACCCCCUCUUAUACAUUCACUACCCCAGCCAGCACCCCCUCUUAUACAUUCACUACCCCAGCCAGCACCCCCUCUUAUACAUUCACUACUCCAGCCAGUACCCCCUCUCCUACACUCACGACCCCAACCAGCACCCCCUCUUAUACAUUCACUACCCCAGCCAGCACCCCCUCUUAUACAUUCACUACCCCAGCCAGCACCCCCUCUUAUACAUUCACUACUCCAGCCAGUACCCCCUUUCCUACACUCACGACCCCAACCAGCACCCCCUCUUAUACAUUCACUACCCCAGCCAGUACCCCCUCUCCUACACUCACGACCCCAGCCAGCACAGCCUCUCGUAGACUGGCUCUCCAACCCCCCACCCCUUCUCCUACACUCACUCCCUCAGCCAGCACCCUUUCUCCUGCACUUUCCCCUUUAACUGGCCCCCUAUCUCUGGCUCACACCCGCUCAACAACCACUACUCACACACUCCCUGCCAGCAGUACCUCUCACUCACUAUCCCCUUCAUCCUCAUUGAGCACACCUUAUCACACACUUUCUCACUCAUCAUGCUCCCCAACUUACACACAAACUCUCUCACACACUUCCCCCUCCACGUCAAGCAAUUCUCCAAGCACACUCUCCCCCUCAGCAAGCAACCUAUCUCGGGUGUUCUCUCCCUCGACGGGUGCCUUCUAUCGUCCACUAUCUACCACAACAAGCACCACUAGAUCUCCUCCUGAGUCACUGUACAGUGUUCCAACAGCUCAAAGGAGGGACACCAAAGAAAAAAACAGAUGCCUUCUGCAAUAAUUUGCCUUUGUCAGGAUGGAGCAGUAAGUAUAAUGUUUUGAUGGCAAACAUUUAAAAAAGAAAAGAAAAUUUGACAGAAAAUGUAUUAAAAUGAUGAAUGAUCACUUUAUUUGCGUAUCAAAAAUGUAGUAUAGCUGUGUAUCUUUACCUGUAAGGGCUAAAUAACAGUAAAGCUGUUAACAACAAACCAGACAUUUGUCAUUUUGCACAUAUGAAUUUGGUGAGCAUGUUUCCUUUACACAGAUUUGCUGACACAGUCCAUACAUUUUGUAAAUGAAACCAGUUUGAUGUCUGUGUUUUAAACUGAAUAAACUCAGAAAAUCAUU